AAACCAGACUGAUAUGAAUUUUAAUAUCCUGAGUGGAUGGUUUGGCCUGCUUGUGUUGUUAGGGAUAUCAGAGGCAACAUUAUCUAAGAGUGACAAGAAAAAGGAAAGACCAAAUGAGGUAAAAUUAAGCUCUGUGAAUGUCGUAGACAGAGGUUUGGUGACAGAGAAGCUGAAGUCCAAGGACAUCAUUAAGGAGCAUGCCUCGUAUUGUGACAGAGAUCGAGAGGUCAAGCAUUUUCCUGGGAUCACCCUGGCCUAUGUCACACCCUGGAACAGUCAUGGGUAUGAUAUAGCUAAGAUUUUCUCUCAGAAGUUUUCUUUUGUGUCACCAGUCUGGUUACAGAUCAAGAGGAGGAAAGGAGGGACCUUCUUCAUACAGGGGGACCAUGACAUUGAUCAGGGUUGGGUUGAUGAUGUCACAAAAGGCAAACCUGCUCAAAUGGUUCCCAGGGUUCUAUUUGACGGUUGGAGCAGAAAUGAUUAUGAAAGUUUGUUCUCAAGUGAAGAUGCCAUAGAAGACUGUAUAAAUGUUCUGCUGAAAUUCAUAAAAAAAAAGAAAUUUCCUGGUUUAACCAUAGAAAUCUGGUCCCAGCUUGGUGGUCAAUACAGAAAAGAAUUGGUCCAUUUCCUGAAGCAUGUAGGUCAGGCAUUUGAUGAAGAAGGAAAAACAUUGAUACUGGUGAUUCCACCUCCAAUAUACCCUGGGAAUGUUGAAGGAAUGUUUGGUAAAUCGGACUUUGAUGAGCUUCUUCCUGUUGUGGAUGCAUUUAGUUUGAUGACGUAUGAUUUCUCCAACCCAUCUAGACCUGGACCUAACAGUCCAUUAUCUUGGAUGGAGUCCUGUGUCCUGGCCCUAGCCCCUGAUGAUAACCCGGAGGUCAGACAGAAAAUUCUACUGGGGCUAAACUUUUAUGGCAAUGAGUACUCAGUAGGAGGGGGAGGACCUAUUGUAGGCAACCAAUACUUAGAAAUUUUAAAGAAAUAUAAGCCUAAGUUUAAAUGGGAUGAAGAUUCACAAGAGCAUGCAGCAGAAUACAAAACAGACAGAUCAAAAAGUGUCAUUUUUUACCCAACGUUACUUUCUCUACAAAAACGAAUAGAACUAGCUAAACAACUAGGAACGGGAAUCUCUAUCUGGGAAAUAGGUCAAGGACUGGACUACUUUUACGAUUUAUUGUGAUCUCUUUAUAAUAAAUAUUGUUGUGUUUUGUUAA